AUGUGGGAAGGGAUUAGUGGAAUCGUAAAAAACACCGCGCAAGGGGGGGAUACAGGGGUAGCAACUUUGCGAGGUGUGAACGGUGGAUUAGUCAGCAGUGGGAAGGGAAAAAGGGAAGUUCUAGCAGGACACUACAAGAGACUUGGAGUGCCCUCGGAGAAUGAAGCUUUUGACCAAGCGUUUAAGAAGGAGGUGGACGCAUGGGCCCAAAAAGAAGAAGAGACAUCGAAGGCAGACGUUGGGAACGUAGAACUAGAAAAGGAGUUCACUGAGGACGAGGUUGAGGCGUGUGUGAACAAGCUGAAGUGCCACAAAGCAGCAGGAGCGGAUGGGAUAGUCAACGAGUUCAUGAAGUUUGGGGGGAAGGGGAUGAUCCAGCUGAUGGUACUGCUAUACAAUUGGGUGUGGAAAAACGAGUAUACGCCAAGUAGAUGGAGGGAAGGAGUGGUUGUGAACUUGUUUAAGAAAGGAGACAAGACUGACCCAGGAAACUACAGGGGGAUCACACUGUUGAACACAGUAGGAAAAGUGUUCUGUAAGCUGCUGAACGAUAGGAUAGUGGGAGUAUUGGAGAAGGAACAUAGCAUUAGUGAGGGCCAGGCAGGUUUCCGCAAGAAGAGGGGGUGCGUAGACCACGUGUUCACGGUAGGGAGAAUCAUCCAAGGUAGAAAGAGGGCGGGAAAGCCGACGUACUGCUUCUUCCUGGACGUGAAAAAGGCAUACGACACCGUAUGGAGAAAUGGGUUGUGGAAACAACUGUCCAAAUACGGGAUCAAGGGGAAAAUGUGGAGAGUGCUGAAGAAGAUGACAGAGUGCACGAAAAGCGCGGUCAUGCUAGACGGAGAACUGUCAAAAUUCUUCGACAUUGAGCAGGGGGUCCCACAAGGUUGCACGCUGUCCCCAACAUUGUUCCAGGUGUUCAUCAACGAUCUGUUGGAAGUCGUAGAGGCAGUCCGGAAGGGAGUAAAAGUAGGGGACACGGAAACGUCGGCUUCAGGAAUGCUGUUUGCGGAUGAUUUUGUCGGUAGACUAUGUCGGACACCCGUCAGGGACUGCAACUGCAAAUUGACGCGGCGAAGAAGUUUACUGAUAAGUGGAGAUUGUCUGCCAACGUUAAGAAGAGUGCCGUCAUGGUAUGCAACGAGAACAAGGAGGAACCAGCUGAAUAUAGAUGGAAGUGGGGGAUCGAGGAGUAUGCAGCAGUGGACCAGUACACACACCUCGGACUAGAGAUCGCAAAUGACUGCUCGCGGAAUGCACACAUGUCCAAGGUAGCGGAAAAGGGCAAAGCACGAGCAGGGAAGCUGCACCCAAUAGUCACAAACCGGCACCUCGAUACACGCAUCAAAUUGACGGUUUUGAAGAGCGUAAUCGUACCGCCGCUACAGUACGCCGGAGAAGUACGGGAAGGGAAUAAGAAGGUAAUGAAAGAAGUCGAGGCGGCGCAGACGAAAGCAGCGGAAAUCAUCCUAGGAUGCUCCAAGCGCACAAGUAAUGC